CGGAAUGGGCGCACUUGGGGUAGUAACCAAGUGAUUUUUGAGUGUGACAGAGGCAAGCAAGCAAAACCGCUAGAUUCUGGGAAUUACACCGCAGCUCCGAGCUCACUUCUAAACGAACUAAAAGUUGCUGUUUUUUGUUUGUUUCUUUUUUCCAACACGUUCAAACUGAAUUCAAGUUGCGCAUGAUCGUAAGCAACGGUGAGCUUAGGGAUUGGAGGAAAACACUGAGGGAAACUUUCAAGAGAUGCGAGCAAGUGAAAAAGAGAAUUAAUUUUUGUUCAUAUAAACGACAGCGUGGCUGUGGAUGUGACUGCUCAGCCGUCAAUCUCACCAACCCCUGGAUUAAGUUUGCAGAAGGCGAGAUAACGGUAAUCUGGACACUCCCACUUCUCUAAAGGUAAUUAGAGAAGCCAUCAACUUUUUAGAGACAUAUUGGAUCGCUUUUUUUCUAACUGUUGUGGACGUUUGGAGGGUGACACAUCUCUUGGAUUUAUUAAAAGCGUUUGGACCAGAGGGAGUUGUGCGCCCGGGCUGCCAUGACAUAACGGGACACUUGGGAAAAAAAUCAACGGCGCUGAAUAUUUCUGGAAUGACCGGAUGGCGAGUGUCCAUUGUUGAGCGGAUCCUUUAACCUUGCCAUUCAUACAAGGCCUGAAAGCUGAUUUUAUUAUUGUUGUUGUUAUUACAACUUUCUUCUCGCCCACAUUACACCCACUGAAAGCUCCAUGGUGCAGAUAUGGGAUGAUUGGAGGCUGGGGUGCAGCUGAGGUGAGAUCCAGCCGAAGGACAAUGUUUGCGCCCGGCGUUGGCAUCCCUCUGCUGCCGGGGCGUCUGGUACUGAUGCUGCUCCUGUUGCCGAGGCUCUACCAGGCUUGCCCGGGACUGCUCGCCUCCACCAGUGGCUGCAGCUGCGCGGAAGAGCGCCCCAAACUGCACAGCGUCCAGGCUGUGGGGAUCAGGGUCAGCUGCAGCAAGGGGGAGCUGACUGAACUUCCGGAUCCCGGCUUGCUGCCCAACAGAACCGUCACUCUGAUACUGAGCCACAACAAAAUCCGAGUUCUGAGAAACGGAUCCUUCCUUGGACUUUAUGCCUUGGAUAAACUGGACCUCAAGCACAACUUAAUCAGCACCAUCAUGCCUGGAGCCUUCCAAAGCCUCUCUGAGCUUCGGAAACUUGACCUUUCCAACAACCGCAUUGGCUGCCUGACUGCAGACAUGUUCCAGGGGCUGACCAAUCUUACUAAACUGAACCUCUCUGGCAACAUCAUAUCAACCAUGAAUCCAGGGGUGUUUGAAGAGUUGCCGUCCCUCAAGCUAGUGAACUUCAACUCAGACUACCUAACAUGUGACUGCGAGCUGCAAUGGGUCCCGAACUUCUUUCGCGGCAGUCCAGCACGGCUAGGGGAAGAAACCCUGUGUGCCUACCCCAUGAGCCUGAGGGGAAAGCCCCUGCGUGGACUAAGGGAAAGCCAUCUGAGCUGUGAUGGUCCUCUGGAGCUGCACACCAUGUCACUGCUGCCGUCUCAGCGUCAGGUGGUCUUCAAAGGCGAUCGGCUGCCCUUCCACUGCGCUGCUGCCUUGGUGGACAAGAUGACCACUUUACACUGGCGUCACAAUGGUCAGCCGGUGACCACUGAUCCAGAAAUGGGUGUCCAGCUGGAGAGCAGUGUCGUGCAUGACUGCACCUUUAUCACCAGUGAGCUUAUUCUAUACGAUGUGCAUGUGGAGGCCAGUGGAGAGUGGGAGUGUGUGGUUUCUACUGGGAGGGGCAACAAGUCUCUCACCGUUGAGAUAGUGGUACUGGAGAACAGUGCCUCCUUCUGUCCAGAAGAUAAAGUUGUCAACAACCGUGGGGAGUUCAGGUGGCCAAGAACUCUGGCAGGAAUUACCUCCCACCAGUACUGCCUGCAGCUGCGUUACCCUUCCCUGUCUGUUGAGGGGGGCAUGGAGCAGAAAAAAGCCUCUCGCUAUUGUGACCGUACUGGAAAAUGGGAGGAUGGCGACUACUCAAACUGUCACUACACCAACGGCAUCACACGUGUCUUGCAUACCUUCAUCCUGAGGCCCAUCAAUGCAUCCAAUGUUGUCACAGUGGCACAUCAAGUUCGCACAUACACCCUGGAGGCUGCUGGUUUUACUGACUCGGUCGAUGUACUGUACAUGGCGCAAAUUAUGGAGAAGUUUAUGGAAUAUGUGACACAGAUAAAAGAGUUGUUGGCGGUGAUGGUGGAGAUGGGCAGUAACCUGAUGCAGGUGGAUGAACAGAUUCUCGCUCUGGCCCAGAGAGAGAAGAGAGCCUGUAGUUCUAUAGUCAACUCCCUUGAGACAUUGGCUUGGUCUCAGCUACACAGUAAUGCUAAAGAAUUUUCCAUGAUGUCUAAGAACAUUGUGAUGGAAGCCCAUCUAAUUCAACCUGCCCACUUCACUGGGAUAACUUGUACUGCGCAUCAGCAGCGUGAGGUGUCAGUGGGCAACCAGGGAAUGGAAACGUCAGAGUCUGUCCAUGAACAGCAGCUUCGCGUCCACUGUAGCACUGGUGCCCAUAACACCUCUCUCAACAAUUUUUUCCUAAAGAAUUCUGUAGCCUUGGCCUCGGUGACUCUUCCAGCUAAUCUGUUUGCUUCGGAUGCUGCAGCAGACUGUAAACUGCAGUUUGUAGCCUUUCGAACAGGCAGCUUUUUUCCUUUGACUGGGAACUCGAGCACCACUACUGAACACUCCCGCAGACGCACUGUCAACAGCCCUGUAGUCUUUGUAGGCCUAGAUGGUUGCAGCAUGCAGAACAAUUCAGACCCCAUCUGGGUGUCACUCCGCCACUUGUCUCCUGGUACCGAUGCCGUGGCAGCCCAUUGGAGCCUUAAGGGACCGGAGAAGCAGGGAGGCUGGAGUCAGGAGGGCUGCCAGUUGGUCCGCAGUGACAGCAACACCUCCACCAUGCGCUGCUCUCUGCUUAGCAACUAUGCCGUUCUGCAGGAGGUACCCGACUUCCCUAGCUCCCCACUGACUGUGAGGGUGCUCCAUCCAGUGGUCUAUGCCUGCACUGCAGUUCUGCUCCUUUGCCUCUUUACUAUCAUCAUUACACACAUACUGCACCACAGUUCAAUAUGCAUAUCAAGAAAAAGUUGGCACACAUUGCUGAAUACCUGCUUCCACAUUGCAAUGACAACAGCGAUAUACGCAGGCGGCAUAAGCUUAACAAGCUAUCCAGUCGUUUGCCAAGCAGUUGGCAUUGCCUUGCAUUACUCCUCGCUGUCAACCCUGCUGUGGAUUGGAGUCAGCGCCAGGGUGAUUUACAAAGAGGCUGUGUGGAGAAUGCCCCGGCAACCAGAUGGAGAAUCUCCUGUUCCGCCUACGCAGCGACCUAUGCUCAGGUUCUAUUUGAUAGCUGAUGGUGUUCCUCUCAUCAUUUGUGGGAUCACAGCAGCUGUCAAUGUUAACGACUAUGGAGACAACAGCCCUUACUGCUGGCUGGUCCGGCGCUCCAGCCUGGGGUCUUUCUUUGUCCCCGCUGGCCUGGUGGUGUUGGUGACCUGGAUCUAUUUCCUGUGCACUGUUUUUCGCUUGAGGCGCCGUGGGGCCAAAGAAUGCACAGGAACCACUCUGUCUUCUCCUGUGACCGAGAGCCAUCCUGCGCUCGCAGGAAGUACCAGCCUGCUCUCCACAGACUCAGUGACUGGACCUGUACACCCUGUUAUGUCUCCAGAGGAUCAGUAUUCGCUCAAGACACAGUUCUCUGUGCUGGUGGCCACCCACUUCCUGUUUGUGGCUCUGUGGUGUUGUGCAGCCAUGGCAGUGUGGCUUACAGGUCACACUAGCUUGUUGUUUAGCUGUCUCUAUGGGAUAGUCGCAACAGUUUUGGGGGGUUUUCUGGUGGUGCACCACUGCUUCCGGCGACGAGAUGUCCAGACCUCUUGGCUGGCUUGUUGCCCAGGCUAUCAACGCCCUCAUCCCAUGUCUACCUACACCCAUACCUGCACUACUGGGAGUGGGGUCCAGACCUCUGAACAGGGAUCCCAGCUUUUUAUCAACUGCCAUCCACCUGGUGACUCUCAUAAUUCCUCAUCAGCUAGGUCGUCAUCCACACCAAGUGGGAUCAGCAGCGUGGGCCCAGGGCCUUGCAAGCUCACCAACCUGCUGCAGGCGACGCAAGACAAUUCAAACGGCACUUCACGUGCUCCUACGGGCAACAACACUAGCACCAGUACUGACAACAUCACCAAGCCUACAAACAAUGUUCUGCCCACCAUUAACUCUGCAGCCCCAGGACAGCCCCAGAGAAGGAAAGCGAGCAGCAGAACUAAACAAGGCAGUAGUCAAUACUAUCAUCGGGGCGAGGGCAGAGGUCACUAUCGUCUCAAAGCUCUAAGGGCUGCUGGAGGUGGGGGCAGUCUUGGAGCUUUAGGGCCCAUAGGUUUAGACCACCUCAGUUCAUCGCAUGCUGUUUACAAACAAGCCACAAGUGAGAAUGGCAGCAUUCACCACAGUCUGUCAGAGAACCAGGCCAGCGUGCUGACAAACGGGAAGCGAGUGGGAGAAUCAGUAGCUACGAGCCCCUCGGAGGGAAGCGAUGGAGGCAGCAGCGGGAGUCGCAAACCAUUCCCCCUGCUGCCAUCGAUGGCCAGCCGAGUGGCCAUGCAAAACGCUCAGAGGCGAUGUGCCAGCAGAGACAAUUUAAAAGUCGCAGCUUCUGCGGAAACAAAGCGCUGCUCCUACCCUCUGAACGGCGACACCGCCACUGUGCCGGGGGCCGCUGGCCAAAAUGGCAACCUGAAAAACUCUGUGCUGGAACUAGAGCAGGACAUGAGUGGCACAGACCAAUCACAGAGCUCUGUUGGAAUGAAGAGUGGUUUGUGGAAAAGUGAAACCACGGUGUAAAAUAUGCUUACAUGUGAACAACUAUGCAUGUCCUUAAUGAACUCUUGAAUGACUGGGUUAUGUUUCAACGGUCUCUUAAUAAUUAUCUAAUUUAAGAUAUAAUAUCAUGAAGGCAUCCAGGACCCUAAACUGGUACUUUUGCCUCAGUAGCGUUGAGAGAGUUUGCUGUGAAAUGAUUUAAAAAAUAAAAAAAUACUAAGGCAGGUGUUUUUAUUGUCAUUUUCAAAAAUAAGAUACACAUUUAUCUUAUAAAAAAAAUGUACAAGUCAUUUCUAAAAUUGGCAUAUGAUGUUGAUUUUAGAUGUCUAAUGAAAGCUUUAAUGUUUUAAUUGUGAUUUUUCUAUGCAUAUCAACUAUAGCAUGAAAUGGUUUAUGAGAUGGGCCAUUUCCAAAGUCAAGCUAUAUGCAUUUAAUCCGUGGAAAAACUUUCACCCUUAUGUGCGCUUCGAAUAACUGGUUGUGUUACUCAUGUAUGCACUUCUAUGUUGUCUGCAAGUUUAUGCUUCAGUGUGUGUGUGUGUGUGUGUGUGGUUGUGUGUGUGCGCGCUCACUCAACAGAAGAGGAUUUGCGUGAGUGUGGCUGUACAGAAUCUCAGAGUGAAAUAAAAAGGCUAUGCGAAACUUUUAAAUAUAAAAAAAUGUUUCCUUUUCAUUUCUAUGUACUCCUAUCAGCACUGCUGGAGCUUCUCUUGUGUGAUAAAUUCACAAUAUACCCACUCAGACCUUGUCUGAUCUAAUACCUGAAUGACUGCCCCCUCCUGGAUAGCAGAGGAACCUGGAUUGAGAUUUCCUUUAAGCUGUAUUUAGCAGGUUUUUGAUGGUGGUGGUCGAGCUGUUUGUAAUUUAGGGGCCACCGUAGUAUUGCCUUGAGUUGACUCACAAAUCCAAAGCCAUACUUCUGUUUUAUGAGCUUUUUAAUGCACUUGCAAUUCAGGAAAUUACAUUAACAGGAAAUAGUAUUUCUGCUACGCACCUCAUUGCCACGUUUCUCCAUUGUUCUCUGGGCAACACACCCUGUGUUGUUACACUUGUUGCUGUGUCAUAAUAUGCUCUUUCUUUGUCAUAUUUUAUUAUAUAGGAGUGGUAUGAUUUUGUUGAUUAGAAAGAUAGACUUGUCUGGUUCAUUUAAUAUCAUGGGCGAUAGGUAUGCAUAUAAUCUUAAUGUUGCCUCUCUAUCAGUAACUAUGCUUUUGUUAACAAUUUCCAAUUUGCAAGUUGCAUGCAAGACAAUGUCUUUAUUUAAAAGGAAAAAUAAUCAGGUCACUAAAAUAUUCUGUUUAAUUUCUGAUGUAUUUUUCUUUGUGCCAAAGAAAAACCUUUAUGUUGCUGAAGAAUGGAGCCACAGCUGCUUGUUGCUUGAUUUCAAUAAUUCAGAUCUUUAAUUAUUUAUAACUGAAUGUUGCAUUUUGUAAAUAACCCAAUCGUCUUCAUUUACUGAAAUAUCCCGUGGAGUGUACUCUAUUUUGCAAUUACACAAGCCUACAAAAACCCAGUAUUAUUGUGGUCAUAUGAAAUAUUGUGUUCUUAAUAUGAUGUUCAUUUCAUUAAAGGGACAUUGCCUGAAAAUAAUUUGCAAUGGCUUAAACUUUGUUGAAAGGGGCCUGGUAGAUAAAUGAAUUCAUAGUUGCUGUAUGAUAGGAUUUUAGAUGCCCUCAGAUUUAUGUUGCUGUGACGUAAUUUCAUAAGUCUUACCUGUAACACACUGUUCCCUGUGCUCCCGCAGGCAAAGAACAAUGUAAAAAACAAAGUAAGACAAAAGUACAUUACAUUACUGGUAGUUU